AUGAUCAUCUAUUACAUAAUAAUUACCAAGCCCCAAAACCCCAAACCCAACCUCCCUCCCCCCUACGACCCCUUCAGCAAGAAACCCACCAUCCAAGAACCCUCGGACCCCACCAACCUCCAAGAAGUCUUCCACAGCAUGCGCUCCGAGGGCCUCACCAACAGCGCGAUCAAGAUGUUCGACGCAUUGUCGAAAGACGGCCGGACCCACGAGGCGAUGGCCCUCUUCGCCGUAAUCAAAGACAAGGGCACAAUGCCCGACGUCGUCGCCCACACCGCGGUCAUCGAGGCCUACGCCAACGUUAGGAGUUUCGAGAGGAUGCUGGCUUCGGGUGUGGAGCCGAAUGUGUACACUUAUGGCGUGUUGAUUAAGGGGUUGGCGAGAGAUGGGAGGGUUGGGGAGGCUAGGAAGUUUUUGGCGGAGAUGACGGGGAAGGGGAUGAGGCCGAACGCGGGGGUUUGUGUUGAGGUUUUCGAGGCGUGUGUGAGGGAGGAGAAGGUGGGGGAGGGGAGGGCGAUACUGGAGGAGAUGAAGGGGAGAGGGUUUGCGCCGGACGAGAAGGAGGUGAGGCAAUUGCUCGGGAAGAGGGGGAAGAUGUUUAGGGGGGUUAUGGGAUUGAUCUUCGGCAAGUAGGAGAUUGGGUAUGUUCUUGUUACUCUUUGUAUGAUGGAGUGUGUUUGUGUUAGGAAAUGGGUUGUGAAAUUUUUGAGGUUCGGUAGACGUCUUAGGCUCGGGAGGUUUGGUGUUAUAUAGUCUUGAUUUAGUUAAGUUACUUGGUUGUUGAUGCUUGCGAGUAGGAAAUGUUCGGGUACGUGAUAUCCAUGGUUUGGAAACGGGAACUAUUCGAUGAUACAUAGAGUUUAUCCGAAUUGUGUGCUUGGUGAUGGUUGCUCUAUGUCUGAUAAUUUGAUAUUAUCGUUGUUAAAUAAAAAAAAAAGGGGACUUGCUU